CUAUCUGUCUCUCUGUCUGUCUGUCCGUCCGUCCCACCGUCCGUCUGUCUAUCUAUCUUAAAUACUUCACUCACACGUACUAAGACUUGAUAUUAAUUAAUAUUAAUAAUCAACAAUCACAUUUUUAUUUUCCUCUGACAAGUUACUAAUUAAUAAACAUAUUGAUUAACUGACCGAUGUAUUGAUGAUUUAAACCCUGCGUCCAGUCAGAUAAAAAGUCCGCAGAGACUUAAUGAGCUGUGUUGAUGCAGUUUGUCCCUAACGUCCUUUCCUGCCAGUACAAAGUGAAACACGUCUUCUUUAAACACCAGGUUCUCGGCCCCUGGUUCUGUUAUUGUUGUGGUUUCUUCUGCAAACCAUCAGCAAGGAGCGUGACAUUGAAAACAGAUGUUUCAACAGGGUCGUUAUAGCAACAGCAGAUGUGUAAGUCUGUGCUUUAUACUGAACGUGUGACGAGCGACUGGAUAUUGUCCUUAUUAUCUGGAACAUUUUCCCCAAGCAAAGGUUGAAAACUUAAAAUAAAGGUGACAAACGUGGUGUCAAAACGUAAAUUAAAAUCGUGGUGUGAAAUCGUCCCUCGGCGUCCUGUCCUGACCUUGAGUCGCCCUUUGUUACCAGAGUCCACACCUGCUUAUCUCCACAGAAACGUGUUAUUGGAGGGUAGUUGAGUCUGUUGGUCUUAUCAGCAGGAGACUUCCUCAGUGUUUCACUCAGGAGUAAAGGUUCUCUGUGGGAAGUGGCUGCAGUCGUAUGUGUGUCACACGUUGUCGAGACACACACACACACACACACACACAACAGUGGCACAAGUUACCCACUGUGUGUGUGUCUUUCCAUUAAAAACUAUUAGAUCAAUAAAAUCCACUGAUAUAAAAACUGCAACUUGUAAAUUGCUGGUUUUUCAGUCGGGACUCUGGUCACAUGGCGAAGAAAAAAAGAACUAACUGAAGUGAACGUGGACCGAGUUCAAGUACCUGUUGAUUGUUCUUGCUCAACCAGUAUGCAUGCAGUUCCCUCUCAUGCACUCUCAUGCACUCUCAUGCACGUAUGACAGAGAUGUUUUGUUGUUUUUACACAUUUUGCAUGUUUGCCGAAGACGGUAAAACCCUGAUGUAUUUGUUUUAUUAUAUUUUGAACGGUCCACCGGGCCACUAACGAGACAGGGUUCUUCCCAAAGUGGAGCUGGGAGCUGGAAGCGUCAGAUUCCUGAAGAGAAGAUUCACUUCAACCUGAAAAACGUUGGAAUGAGUGGGAAGUUGAGCAGUGGAGUCUGUGCUUCAUGGUGGGAGUGGGCAGGGCCUUCCCGGGUCGAGAUGUGGAGAAACUAACAUUCAGCACAUGUUUGGUCCACAGCUCAGCACCAUGGCUCCUGCAGCUCCGCUCGCCGUGCUCGUCCUCUGCCUUCACUUCUUCACGGCUUCAACUCAAGUCCUCCCCGAGAGACGCCCACACAUCACUGGCUGUGUCUCCAACAACAUGGAGACUUUCCGCUGCAGAUGGAAUGUCGGCACUUUCCAGAACCUCUCCGAGCCGGGAGCCCUCCGCUUAUUCUACUUUAACAAAAUACCCUCCCCGGACUCCCCUAAAAAUUGGAGCGAGUGUCCUCACUACAGCACCGAGCGGCCCAACGAGUGCUUCUUCAACAAGAACCACACGACCGUCUGGACCAUUUACAGCGUCCAGCUCCACUCGGCCGACCGAACCGUCCUCUACGACGAGGACCUGUUCUACGUUCAAGACAUCGUUCAACCGGAUCCAGCGUUCAGCCUGAACUGGACGCUGCUCAAUGUGAGUUCCACCGGGACUCACUAUGACAUCAUGCUGAGCUGGAAGCCUCCAGAGUCCGCGGACGUGGGGAUGGGAUGGAUGCGCCUCCAGUACGAGGUCCAGCACCGCGACGUCAACUCCGACCUGUGGAAGGCGUCUGAACUUGUGUUGAGCACGCACCGCUCCCUCUACGGGCUCCAGACCAACGUCAAUCACGAGGUUCGAGUCCGGUGCAAAAUGCACGCAGCGAAAGACUUCGGAGAAUUCAGCGACUCUGUGUUUGUCCAUAUCCCAUCCAAAGUGUCCAGAUUCCCAGUCGUGGCUUUGCUCAUCUUUGGCGCCUUGUGUUUACUGGCCAUCCUGAUGUUAGUUCUCAUAUCACAGCAGGAGAAGUUGAUGUUUAUUCUUUUGCCUCCUGUCCCUGGACCGAAAAUCAGAGGAAUUGAUUCUGAGCUCCUGAAGAAAGGAAAGCUGAGAGAGCUGACGUCCAUCCUGGGCGGUCCCCCCGAUCUGAGGCCGGAGCUGUACAACAGCGACUCCUGGGUGGAGUUCAUCGAUCUGGACAUCGAGGAGCAGAGCGACAGACUCACAGAACUGGACACGGAUUGCCUCGUGGAACGCUCCCUGUUCUACAGCUGCUCUCCGCUCUCCAUCGGCUUCAGGGACGACGACUCGGGCCGCGCCAGCUGCUGCGACCCGGAUCUCCCCAUCGACUCGGACGUGUCACCGUUCAAUCCUCUCAUCCCGAACCAAACCCUCAGUAAAGAGGCAUCCGAGCCAAGCAGCCCAACUGCUGCGGAGACGCCGAGCACCCGGGAGGCUCUGUACACGCAGGUGACUGAGGUGAGGUCGUCUGGCAAAGUGCUGCUGGCGCCUGAGGAGCAGACUGACCUGGAAAAAACCACGAGCAAAGACUCAGAGAAAGACAGUGUGGUGGAGAAGGAGAAGGAAAAGAACGAUUUCCGGCUGAUGCUGGUGAGUGCAGAUAACGGCGGCUACACCUCCGAGCUAAAAGCCGGGAAAAUGAGCCCCAGUUUGUCCGAUGGGGAUCUGAGUGAGCGCCGCUACACGGUGCCAUCGCCUUACUACGAAGCAGACCCCACCGCCAUGUCCCCGCUGCCCUCUCCCCCUGUCUACACCGUGGUCGAGGGCGUUGACGGACAGAACAGCCUCCUACUGACAUCAAACUCCACACCUGUCCCACAGAUAAUAAUCCCAAAGCCCAUGCCCACCCCAGACGGCUACCUGACCCCUGACCUUUUGGGAAGCGUCACGCCGUAGGUCAGCGGCGGGCCGUGCAAAGUAAAGACUAUUCAAUCAAGGGCAGAUACGCUUCGGAACAGUUCUUGGAGAUUGAUUUUCCCGAGGCUGUGUUUUGAAUGUCAGCUCUCCUAAAAUAGUCGGGGGGCCAUAUGCGGCUGUUGUCCCCCGACCUCCCACUGCACCCCGACAGGGCUGGAGUGGAGGUCGGGGGGCCAUAUGCGGUUGUCGCCCCGACCUCCCACUGGGAAGUCCACAGGUUUGCUAUGAGCGAUGAAUAGGACACAAGAAUGUGUUUAGCUGCGGUUGUGGAAAGGAAAUGACACAAGCUGCUCAAUAAUUCAACAAUCUGACUCCUCAAAACAGGAGCUCAACACUACUUCUUUAGAACAUAGGUUUGUGGAAGCUGCAAUCAAUGAUCAAUUCUGGCCACGAGAGAACUGAACAAUCCCCAAGGACCCGACAUGUUAAUGUUCUGUUGGCUACAACCAGAUCAGCUGCAAUUUCAAGUCCAGCAUAGAAACCUGCAAUUCAGUUGUUUAGAGUUGUAUUUGUGUCCAAAUGCUGAAUGUAAAUCCAAUCUUCACUUUUCUUUUAGCUCAGGUUUGGUCUCCAUCGACUCCUGAGAAAGAUAUCUGACUGUUUAAGCUGCGUUUCCCCAGGAACUAGGAACUUUUGUAGCUUUUCCAUCACAGGGACCAGGGAUAAGGGAAUUAUUUAACUCCCCCAAAAAGUCCUUGCUGGUGGGGGUGCAGGCUACUUUGCUAAUUUGCCUAAUUUCCCACUGGUUUUUAUGCUACGGUGAAAGUUCCAGAUACUUUGGGUGGAAAUGGACCCUUGGCUGCUAAAUGUUCCACCUUCUUCACCAACUACUCUAAAUUUCCAUCUGCCGUUUGCUCCUGUGAACUUAAAAACACAAAAAACUAUAUGAGGAUAAUUCCCCGUUGACACCUUCCUCGUUUCAUUACAUUUUAUAAUAUAUAAUGUUGACUAAUGCAGCACUAAAUGAGACUGUUUGUUUUAUUCUCAAAACUUUGUACAUAUCAAUAACUUUCUGUAUGAUAAAAUCAGGUUCUGUGUAUAAACACAAUCUGGGGGGAAAAUGUCUGGAAACAAUGAAUCAUCUCAAACACACUGAAUUAAUGGUUUUAAUAAUGUUUUCAUAGCUUCUCGGGCUUUAACACCAAUGUCACUAAACUAAUGAGUCAGCCAUUGCUUGUUUAAUACUCGAUCUUAUCUUGUUGUUGGCGACAGGUGAAGCAGAACAAAGCAUAAAUGAUCAACUGGAGCAUGAAAUAUUAAAAUACUUGUCUUAUGUUAUUGCUGUUACAUACUAAUUUCUUCAUAGACUGAAAGGUUUCCCGAGCUGACGGCGAAAGGUAUUUGAUCUUUCGUCUUAACAGUACGUAGUAGAAGUAUAUUUUUCUAAUGCAUGGACUCUUUUUUAGUUUUUCUUUUGGUUUCUAGUAAAAUGUGCAUCUUCAUGUACAUUCAAUUCUUUGGGUACAUUUUUCGUCAGUAUUGAAUUUUACAGUUUUUACAUUUUAGCUGUUUAAAAAGUGUCAAAUAAAGAACUUUCAUACUUUU